GUUGCUGCUGUUGUCGUCGUCGUCGUCGACACACGACUGCCGGCCGACAUUACCAGCGGAACGAAAAGCGCGAGUCUGCAGUCCGUCCGUCCGUUCGUUGGCGAUAACGACUCAAACUCGAUACAAAAUCAUAGUGUGUGAUAUUGAUUUGAGUUCCAUUCCGCGGUUUUUCUUAUCGUUUUUAUAUAUUUUUAUAUUAUCAUUUUUUUUUUUUUUUCUUAAUUGUUGUUAUCAUUUAAUUUUCGACUUUUUACUCUUACCGUCGCGAUGUACGCCGUACCCGUAUCAUAACAACUAUCCGUGCGAUUUUCCACGUAAACCCUCUACAGGAUCUUAUCUUCCGGGGUCGGACUCGCCACCGCAUCGACGCGCUCCUCACCGUUGUGUAAAUCACAAACUGCGUUAGUGUCGGGGGCGAUGGUCUGGCCGAACCCGUACACAAUAAAAUGAUCGGUAGAUGGUUCGUCGGGUUCGCCGUGUUCGUGGGCUACCUGUGUCUGGGCGCAUUCGUGUUCUACCGAAUCGAGCGCAAGGAAGAGGAGAAAAGGCAUUACUUGGAGAUUUUGGAACGGCUCGAGCUCAAAGAACUACUAGCAAAACAUUAUGCACAAGUAAACGCCCAUGUGCGCAAGCAAUUUGUCCAACAACUGAACGCGUACUGUAACAAAACGGUGUUAGACGAAGGACCAGACAACGAAGAAGUACACCAAUACCAAUGGACGUACUACAACGCUUUCUUUUUCGCGCUGACCACGCUAAGCACGAUCGGUUAUGGAAAUUUACAUCCAACUUCCUGUACCGGACGUAUAUUAGUGUUGGUGUACUCGCUAAUCGGCAUCCCCCUCAACGGUAUCGUGUUGACGCAACUAGGAAGCUUUUUCGAGUCCAGAAUUCUCCGAGCUCAUUACAGUUACAAGACGCAGAGGAUGAUGGGACCCCAGCUGAGCCUCAUCUUGGAUAUAGUUACGUACUUGAUUCCCGGUAUAAUUGUUUUCAUCUUUAUCCCGUCUGGAAUUAUAUCCUAUUUUGAAGAUUGGACGUUUGACGAGAGUGUAUACUUCACUUUUGUCACAUUGACCACCAUCGGCUACGGAGAUUAUGUUGCCGGGCAGACCGUCAACACAAAUAUAUGGUACGAUGCGUAUAAAGUGUUCCUAGUGUUUUGGAUUAUGUUCGGUCUGGGAUACCUGUUCAUGAUACUUAGUUUCAUAUCGAGGGCGAUGAGAUCCAAGACGCUCGAGCACCUAUUCUUGGAACGGCUUAAGCAAACCCACACGAAAAUCUGGCAUCAGUUUACAAAGGACGUCGUGUAUAUAAGACGUGUGCUCAACGAGUCGUACCUGCUGAAGUUUAAACCGGUGUACAAGAAAGAGGUGUUAUCGCGCGACCAACCACUUAGACGGAGCCGAAGCGCACCGAACCUGACCGAGUGGCCGAUUCUGUGCAAAACGCCAGCAAAGGUACCGUUAGUGCGUCGGACGUCUGACGACGAGGACGAGGAGACGGUGCGCCGGCGGUUCGAGAAGCAUCGGAUGAAGCGUCGGCGGGCCCUGUCCCAGAACAAGAUGCGGUCGCUGCUCCGUCGCACUAAGGCUACGUCUGAGAUAGAUUUGGCGCACAUCGACAAGGAUGCCACGUUCGGCGCUGACAUAGCGUCCUACGAGAUCCUUUCCCGAGUGGUCGACGCCCUAGAGACGGCCGUGCCUAACCAGCAGAGCGAUCACCAGCACCAGUCAUCGCAGCACGUCCAUCACCAUCUGCAUCAGGACGUCGCAAAUUCGAACAAGGGAAAAGCGUUAUCGUUCUCCGAGGGCGUGCAAGGGUUCUCGUCCGAGGAUAUUAUAGCCGGUGAAAAAAAUGAGUGGACAGUCGGCGGCGAUAUGCUGAACAGGGAAAACGCGUUCGCGCCUAAACAUAGAAAUUCGUAUUUCGAGUACGACACGUGGGGUGGAGCUGACAAUCAAAAUUUCAAAAAGUUCAACGAGUACGCGAAACACAGUGGCGCCGAAAACGCCCGCGUGCGAAGCUGUCGCUCGCAUGUCGGCAGGCCGCGUUCGCUUCUGUCCAGCAACAUCGCGCCCAUGGCUGGCCGACCAGUUGGCCGACGGGCGCGGAGCGGCGAACGCGAACCAGGGACGACGACCCCGAGACAGCGACUGUCGCUGAGCAACCACGGGCGACGGGCGAGACCGGCGCCACCCCCGGCAACCGGACGAGGACGUGCACAGGCGGCGGGUUCUGGCUCAUACGUCACGCACGACGCGUCUGCCGCUCCUUCGCUGUUCUGGCCAGCCGCGCCGGAGUCCGCAGAUCGUGGCAACUCGUGUGAGCAGUCCCACCUGUCGUCCCACGUCACGGCGGUCAGCACGACGACGGCGCCGGCCACGGACGCCGGUACCGCAAUGCCGGUUCACGAUCAGUCCGCGGCUGCAACGACCACGAGGAGAUCUAGGAAGAAACGCGCUAGAAGAUUCUCGAUAAGGCCGACGGUGGGGUCAGCAGAACAUAACGGCGGCGCUCGGUGUUGGACAACGACGUCCGGGACCAACAACACCGUGUAUGGCACUACCGAUGACACCGACCACCUUAAGGAAAGAGGAGCUAUAGUGGAACCGGGUGCAGGUUUUAUAGGAGCUGGCGGAGGAGAAGUCCGGCUCAACAUCGAAGACUGACAGCAAACAUCACCCACCCACCCAUCGACGAUAAUACUAUAACAAUUAUUGUUUCACGGUUGGAAGUAUGCAUCGAUCGCUAUUGAUCAAUCAUCGUCCACUGCCGUCGAUCAAAAAAAAAAAAAAAUAAAAUAAAAUAAAGAAAAAUAAAUAUAUACAAAUUACACGCAACGUUUAUGUAUAUAAUAUAUUCAUAAUAAUUAUUAUACGUUUUUACUACACUAUUAAUUAUUAUUAUAAUUUAUUGAAAAACCGAUUUCUCGAUUACAACACACGACGUAAUGAUAUUAUUUUGUUACCGUCGUGUUAUUUAUUUUACUUAACUAUGUAUACAAUGUGAUAUGUUAUCCAACCAACACACGCGACGCGUAUGAUACUAUUAAAAACAAAAUUUUAAAAGUUUAUAAAA